AUGGACUCAUAUUCGACGCCCAACACGCCUCAAGUUGGUGUGGGGAGCCAGGAUACUGCCGCCGCUGGAUACGGGAGGUUUGGAGGGCUUUUGCGACGUGCAACGUUGGGAGGCGUAGACGACCAUGGCGUUGUAUCCGAGGGUGAAGGUCGUGACCGCCUGACUAAUGCACGGGCCCCCAGAAGAGUUACGCCAUGGUCUUCAAGAGGUGGUCAUGAUGACGGGGAAGAAGCCGAAAGCCCAGGAGGUUCGAGGGUUGGCCAUCAUUUCAGAAGAUUUUCGGCCCUCGGCGGUGGCGGUGGUGGUGUCAGUGAUGGGGAUGCCAUCAGCCCCAGAAGGCCCUUUUUCGGAACCGAACGAGCCAGUACGUUCAGUGCACAAAAAUGGAAACAAGUUAAAGGUGCCUUGAAGCUGCUGCGCAAAAAGCCAGACGAGCAGUUUGACUUCGCCAAAUCAGCAGAGCUCAUGGCCGAACUACGGGCGGUUACCCCCGCUGUCUUGAUGCUGGCAAGCAUGAUACAGCGGGACGAGCAUGGUAACAAGAGGAUCCCCGUGCUGCUCGAGCAGUUGAGGCUUAAAGUCAAGAGUAGUACGCCAAGCCAAGAGAAGGACAGUGAGAGACAUUGGCUCUUUGAAAUCGAGCUCGAGUACGGCAGUGGUCCAAGUCAGAUGAAGUGGAUCAUCCACCGCACCAUCAAGGACAUUCUCAACCUUCAUUGGAAGUAUAAGUUGACGCUAGGGAACGAGAAGUUGCCUUCCAUUCAUCAAGGGGCGAGACCAAAACAGCCCAGCUUUCCUUUGUCUGCCUUUCCCUACCUUCGUGGAGUGAGAGGCUUGGAUGAGUCUGACGAGGAGGAUGCUCCGAACAGCCAGCUUACGCCCAACCCGCUUGUUAAUAACAACGAUAGGGCUGAAGAGACGGCCGGGGAGCUAACAGCAGGCGAAGCUACUGUUCAGGAAGGGACCGAUAUCGACGCCCCGAUUCGGAAAAAGCGCUCACGCAUGUCGUACCUGGGUGCUCGACGAAAGACCUCAGCGCUCGGAUCCAUGGCCGAUCUUGGUGCCAGUGCUUUGGACCCCAGUGUGGCCAAGAGACGCUACGUUGAGCGGCAACAGAGGACGCUGGAAAAGUAUCUUCAAGACAUGAUUCGCUGGCUCAUGUUCCGCGCGGAUAGCAACCGUCUCUGCCGCUUCCUCGAACUCUCUGCCCUUGGUGUGCGCCUUGCUGCAGAAGGCAGCUAUCACGGGAAAGAAUGCUACCUGCACAUUCAGUCCUCCAAGGGACUCGACUUUCGACGGGUUUUGACGCCAGGAAAGGUGAUUGCUAGACACAGUCGGAAAUGGUUCCUUGUGCGUCAAAGUUAUAUCGUCUGCGUUGAGUCCCCGGAGAACAUGAAUAUCUACGACGUCUACCUCGUUGAUCCCAAGUUCAAGCUCAUAUCGAAGAACACCAAGGGCAAGGAGCUUACCGGCAAGGACAAGGAUAGAGAGGAUGAUGUUGAAAAUCUCGACUUGACGGCUCCCCGCCCUGUGGCCAAGCACCAUACUCUCAAGAUCCUUACCUCGGAGCGAAAGGUCAAGUUGUUCUCCCCGAAUCAGCACCUCAUUCAGCAAUUCGAGGAGUCCAUCGUGGAGAUGCUGAAGAACACGCCAUGGCACUUGCACAAUCGGUUUGGCAGUUUUGCCCCUGUUCGCACUGGGGCCUAUGCCCAGUGGCUUGUGGACGGCCGAGACUAUAUGUGGAACGUCUCGCGUGCCAUCAGCAUGGCAAAGGAUGUCAUCUACAUUCACGACUGGUGGCUGAGUCCCGAGUUGUACAUGAGACGUCCCGCUUGUAUCAGCCAAAAGUGGCGACUUGAUCGUCUGCUGCAGCGAAAGGCUGCCGAAGGUGUCAAGGUCUUUGUGAUUGUCUACCGCAAUGUGGAAGCCGCUAUCCCUAUUGAUUCCGAGUAUACCAAAUUUUCCUUGCUUAACUUGCACCCGAACAUUUUUGUCCAGCGCUCGCCACAUCAGUUUAAGAAGAACCAGUUCUUCUUUGCUCAUCACGAAAAGAUCGUUAUUGUCGAUCAUGAUAUCGCCUUUGUCGGUGGCAUCGAUCUCUGCUUUGGUCGUUGGGAUUGCCCGCAACAUCCUGUGGUGGACGACAAACCUACUGGUUUCGAGCCUCAAGAGGGACAGCCCAGGGAUGCCGAGCACGUUCAACUCUUCCCCGGAAAGGACUAUUCUAACCCCCGUGUUCGCGACUUCUUCCGCCUCAACGAGCCUUACGAGGAGAUGUAUGAUCGCUCCAGAAUCCCACGCAUGCCAUGGCACGAUAUUGCCAUGCAGGUAGUAGGCCAGCCAGCUCGCGAUCUCACUCGUCACUUUGUUCAGAGGUGGAACUACGUCCGUCGCGGACGCAAGCCCACCAGACCUACGCCGUUCCUGCUGCCUCCGCCGGAUUGCAACCCAGAGGAGCUUGAGGCAGUUGGCUUGAAUGGCACUUGUGAGGUGCAAAUCCUUCGCUCGGCAUCCACCUGGUCUCUAGGCAUUGAAGACACGGAACAAAGCAUCCACUUGGCUUAUAUCAAGAUGAUCGAAGACUCGGACCAUUUCGUGUAUAUGGAGAAUCAGUUCUUCAUCACCAGCACCGAGACCCUCAAUAGCAAGAUGGUCAACGGUAUCGGCGAUGCCCUGGUUCGCCGCAUCAUUCGUGCUCACGAAAACGACGAGGACUGGCGAGCGGUUAUCCUGAUCCCCCUGAUGCCUGGCUUCCAGAACGAGGUGAACGAACAAGAUGGCACCAGCGUUCGUCUCAUUCUGCAGUGCCAAUACCGCAGUAUCUGUCGUGGAGAGCACUCGAUCUUUGGGCGCCUCAAGGCUGCCGGCAUUGACCCUGAGGACUACAUUCAGUUCUUUUGUCUCCGGCAGUGGGGCAAGAUGUCCAACGGCAUGCUCACAACCGAGAUGUUGUAUAUCCAUGCCAAGUGCAUCAUCGUUGAUGACCGGGUGGCUUUGAUCGGAUCGGCCAACAUCAAUGAGCGCUCCAUGUUGGGCAACCGCGAUUCCGAGGCUGCCGCCAUCGUCCGCGACACCGACAUGAUUUGGUCCACGAUGGCCGGACGCCCUUAUCAGGUCGGGAGAUUCGCCCACACGCUGCGUCUUCGGUUGAUGAGAGAGCAUUUGGGCUUGGAUGUUGACGAGAUUUUGGAGGAGGAGAGACAGGCCGAUCUCGACCAAGCAGAGGCUUUCGAGGCCGAGAUGGACCGCAUCUACAGCGACGAGUCCGAUGGACUGUCUCCUGUGGCCGAGAGCUCAAGACGCCGUAGUUCGGCUCGCCCAGAGCCGCUCAAUAUCCCAUCUCGGAAGAACGCCAGUGAUCACCAGGAUACAGAUCCGGAGAAGCCGGUGGGCAGAGGCCGGUCUUCCUCCAGGGUCUCCAAGGGCAAGGGCUCUGCCGACGGUCUACGAAUUGACAUUCCACAGGCUGACAAGCACAAGGUGGAAGUGGAAGGUCUCGGUGCUGAUCAUUGGAAGGCCGCUCAGGAGGAAGGUCUUCGUCAGGGGCGUGAUUCUGUUAUUGUCAAUGAUAGAGAAGUGUUGGUUCAUGAUGUUUUGUCUGGCGGAAGGGGAACGAUUGACAGUCCCAAGCAAGCUCAUCAGCUCCGGCGCCCCUCGGCCGCCACCUCUCGUGACGAAGGAGGUGUUGACAACGACGGUAUUCCUCCCAUGCCACCAUUUGACAGGCGGACCACGGAGCAACUUGGACUGCCACGGGCAAACCAGUUGCCAACACUGCCCAUGGUGGACGAUACCGACAUUGGCGGCCCGCCCGUUCACACUGACGCUGGCGGAAGGUUGAGCUUCGGGCCCGCCCACACCCUUCCUAUUGAUAUCAAGCUGGCCGAUGUCCACAAGGAUUGUAUGCGCGAUCCUCUCAACCCAGCCUUCUACGAUGAAGUCUGGUCGAGAGUGGCUGAGAACAACACCAGGAUUUACCGACGCGUGUUCCGCUGCAUGCCAGACUCGGAAGCAACCAACUGGGCUGAGUACAAGGAGUUCGACGCUUACAACCAACGCUUCAAGGAGAGCAUGGACUUUCACCGCUCCGACGAAGAGAGCGAGAAGCCUCCCAUGAGCCACGCGGCAGCCCAGGCUGGAGGUGGUGGAGCUGGUAUCGGCGCGCCCGGUCCUGCUACUGCCAGUCACGCGGCGGCUGAGAAACUGGCAAGUCCCUUGGGCAAUGCUGUCAGGGACGCUCUCAGUCACAACGAGCCAAACAAGGAUGCCGUUCUUGAUGAAAAGCGCGGCAUGCAAGAAAAUGACUAUGGGCAAGACAACUCGUGGGGUGAUAUGAACCCCGACCCAGAGAAGUCUGUCGACCCCUUGGACACGGGUAAUCAUCCGACCAAUUCAAGUCACGAUCACUUGCCCCAGACGGAGAAGCUUGAUGUUGUCAAACCAAGGGAGCGGAGGGCUACCUUUUCCAACCAGGAGAAGCCCCCCAAGACGGGCGACAGCACUGCGUCAGCUGCCAAUACUGAUGCCAACGGCAAUAGUGUGAAGCCAGUUGGGUCUCAACGACGCCCCAGGCGGCGGACUACCACCAGGGGUAGCCGGAAGGGCUUCAGUCCGACUGAUGAUAUGCUCAACCGCGCCGAUGCUGAGGAGCUGCUUAACAUGACGCAAGGUGCUUUGGUGCAGUUCCCGUAUGAUUGGCUUGUGGUGGAGGAGACGAAUGGCAACUGGCUGUUCCAGGUGGACCAGGUGGCUCCGUUGGCUAUCUAG